CCAUGUUUGGUGAAAUUGCACGAAAUCGUCACGAAUAAGAAGAAGCGAAGAAGGAAGGAAGGACAGCACUGAACGACCACAACCACUCGCACAACAACACAGCAAGUGCAGCGAGAUGGAGCCAGAGCCAGCGAGCAAGCGCGAGAAGGCAGAAGCGGCCAUGCCAGUGCUGCAUUAUUUUGCAGGGCGGGGUAUGGCGAACCCGCUUCGCUUCGUUCUCGCCUUGGCGGGCAUCACCUGGCAAGAGAAUGCGCUGAGGGAGCGGCAGCAGAUGCUGGACCUGAUUGCCUCGGGCCACCUCGCCCCCUUUGAGCAGGUGCCCAUGCUUGAGAUUGAUGGCAAGUACCUCACUCAGUCCUUCGCCACGAUCAAAUACAUUGCAGCGACACGCAGCUUGUACGGCAAGGAGAAUCCAUCCGUCGAUGACGUGUACCACGUGGACACGCUUGCAGACGGGGCGCGUGACUUUUAUGUCAAGUUUGUGCCGCUGCCGUUCAAUCCAACGCCAGAGACAUACAUUGAAGAAGUGCUCAAGAAGAAGGUCAUCACCAAAUACCUUCCCAUCUUCAACAACCUCCUCAAGGCUUCCAAGUUCCUUGCAGGCAACCAACCCACGUAUGCGGAUGCAGUGCUGCUGACGGCAGUUGAGUUUGCGCUCGAUGUCUUUGGCGCCGAUGUGCUCGACGACUACCCGCACCUCGCAAAGUGGAAGGAGGCGGCGUGGGCGCUGCCUGGCAUGGCCAUGUUCAAGGGCUCUGCAAACCACUUUGGGAUGCCAGACAAGCAGUACGCGCUUGAGGUGGACACCGCCCUCGGCCGCCGCUGAGCAACGCUGCAUGUUCCUCCUCCUCAAUUGUGUGUCCAUCAUGUAUCUCCACACCGUGCACUCCACACCAUGCACUCCCGUCACAGCCACCCACGUGAGGGACGCAAAAUUGUUCAAUACAGCCAAUACUCAGAAGUGGAAGGA